GUCGUUUGGAACGCGCAGCUGUAAACCAGACCUCAUAGGGCUUUUCCUGUUAAUUCGUAGUUCAUUGUGCCUCUUGUUUCAGAGGGAAGAAAAGCUGAUUUAGUAAUCUAAAUGGAUGCGAUACUGAAUUACAGGUUGGAAGAUAGUGAAGAUUACUACACGUUACUGGGAUGUGAUGAACUGUCUUCGGCUGAACAAAUCCUGGCAGAAUUUAAGGUCAGGGCCCUGGAAUGUCACCCUGACAAGCAUCCUGAAAACUCCAAAGCUGUGGAGACUUUUCAGAAACUGCAGAAGGCAAAGGAGAUUUUGACUAAUGGAGCAAGUCGAGCCCGCUAUGACCACUGGCGAAGGAGCCAGAUAUCGAUGCCAUUCCAGCAGUGGGAAGCUUUGAGUGACUCGGUGAAAACGUCAAUGCACUGGGCUACCAGAGGUAAAAAAGAUCUGAUGUUGGAAGAAUCUGACCAGACUCAUACCGAUAAAAUUGAAAAUGAGGAACGGAAUGAGCAAAAAGAGAUAAAGAAUGAGGAGUUCAGUCCAACCACAGAGAAAAUGGAGCAAAAAGAAUCCAAAUCCAUGGAGAAGUCAUUCUCCUCACAAAAUCCAGAUUCUCCAGGUUUUUCAGAUGUGAACUGUUGGCACCUUCGUUUCCGCUGGUCUGGGGAUGCUCCUUCAGAACUCCUGAGGAAAUUCAGAAACUAUGAAAUAUGAAAUGUCCCUGCUCCACAGGGGGGAGAGGGAGAAGGAGGGAGGGAGAGAGACAAAGAGAGAGAGAGAUCAUUCCCUGCGCUGCCAACAUACAGCCUUUGUUCAAAUCUUAAAAAUGUCAUGUUUGUGAAUUGCUGAGUACAAAUUAAUUCCUCCACCCUUGAUCCUGUUCUCUCAAUAUGUUUUCUAAACAAGAAAAUUUUCAGACUAGUUUCUUUCAAUAUUUGAGUAAAUUACGGCUCUUAGAUCCAGAGUAGAUUGUAUUAUGUGCGUUUUCCUGUUAAUGUUAUUUAUAGAAAUCCAUUAAAAAUCGAUCUCUAUAUUUAAAUAUUUCAUUGAUAUACCAUGAUCUUUAUGAGUGCUAGAUGUACAAGAAAUGUUUUCUGACUCUGGAUUUAAAAUGAAAUGUGAAAUUACUUGUCUAAACUCCAUUGAAUAAAAUAAAUAAUUUUCCCAAACUUCAUAAUGAAUUUAUAAUUCAACUGUAUUUUGAAAAUAAUUUGAAUAAGUAUUUCUACUUCAAUCUUAAUAAUUAUAAAUUUAAAAGGUUAUUAUUCAUUUGAGAAAAUGUUUUUACAAGAUUUAUUAUAUAGCAGGUGAUAAACUUAUAAACUAUGUUCUAACUAUGAAAAUGGGCCUGUUACAUAACACAUCCUUUUUAGGUUGGAAUUACUAGGUUUGCCAUGUGUAGUCUAUGGUUAUUUUUUGUUUGGAAACAAGUGAAUGAAAAAUUAAGAAGAAAGAUGAUUUUAGAGCAGGGGUUCCUUGGUCAAAACAGAGUUUUCACUGGCCUAUAGCAAAAUGAAAAAAAUACAA